AUGGUGGGCCACGCCUUCAAAAGAGACUGCUGGCUGCUCGCUGCUAUCGGCUCUCUGACUCUGAAUGAACGGCUACUGCAUCGUGUGGUUCCUCAGGGUCAGAGCUUCAGCCACCAAUACGCUGGGAUCUUCCACUUCCAGUUCUGGCAGUUCGGGGAGUGGGUGGACGUGGUGAUCGACGACCGCCUGCCGGUUAAAGAAGGAGAGCUGCUGUUCGUCCACUCGGCUGAGGGCAGCGAGUUCUGGAGCGCCCUGCUGGAGAAAGCCUACGCCAAGUUGAACGGCUCGUAUGAGGCGUUAUCCGGCGGCAGCACCACUGAAGGUUUCGAGGACUUUACGGGCGGCGUGUCGGAGAUGUAUGAGCUGAAGAAAGCACCCAGAGAUCUUUAUCGUAUCAUCAGCAAAGCUCUGGAGAGAGGCUCUCUGCUGGGCUGCUCCAUAGACAUCACCAGCGCCUUCGACAUGGAGGCGGUCACCUUCAAGAAGCUGGUCAAAGGCCAUGCCUAUUCUGUCACCGGACUCAGACAGGUGGAGCACCGUGGCCGGACAGAGCGUCUGAUCCGUAUCAGGAACCCCUGGGGUCAGGUGGAGUGGACUGGAACCUGGAGCGACAAUUGCUCAGAGUGGAGCUCCAUCGACGCUGCAGAGAAAGACGAGAUGCUCUGUAAGAUGGAGGAUGGAGAGUUCUGGAUGUCCUUCUCUGAGUUUUUACGUCAGUUCUCCAGACUGGAGAUCUGUAAUCUGACCCCGGACGCCCUCAGUGAAGACUCCACCAGUUUCUGGAACACGACGAUGUUUGAGGGCGGCUGGAGGAGAGGAAGCACCGCUGGAGGCUGCAGGAACCAUCCCAGACCCCCGGAUGACGACGGGGAGGCCGCCUGCAGCUUCCUGGUGGCUCUAAUGCAGAAAGACCGCCGUCGCUACCGCCGCCACGGCCAAGACGUACACACCAUUGGCUUCGCCAUCUAUGAGGUCAGAGGUCAAAUGUAA